CUCAGUCCUGCACGGCAGCCGCUCCUGGAUGCGUGCUGAGCGGCGCCACAAGAGGAGCGGAGCGCUCUCCCACCUGGACUCACCGUUGCAUCAAAUCAAAGAAAAUAAUAACAAUUACAGAGGACGCCUAUUUGAUUUAGGAGGAGCUCAUCCUCCACCAGUGGGGGGGAAGGGGGAUGCCAUCCACGGAUCGAUCAGUUGGAGCGCGUUGAGGCUCAGAGCUAUGCAGUCUCUUUUCGGAGGAGGGGAGCUGGGGCUGCUGGGAGGAGGAGGCGGCGACGCAGGAGGCCUAAAGGAGGAUGGCUGCGGCACCAUGGCGUGGAGGACCUCGCCUCUUCCGACUGACGAUGUGUACUCUGCUUCCCACUUCACACUCAUCUCCGCCUAUCAGGAAAUCAAAACCAGACUGGCCACCCUGGAGCGAGAAAACACCAGCAUCAAGAGGAAGCUGAAGAUCUAUGAGAUCAAGUUCCCCAUGAUCAGCGAGUUUGGGGAAGACACCAACUCCUACUGCUCAUUUGAGAGUAAAGACACGGUGCUGCUGCAGUCAGAAAACGGCAACCUGCACCAGAGAGUCAACGUCCUGACCCAUGAGCUCCAGAAGAGAAAGGAAAGAGAGGAGCAGCUGGAGGAUGUGAUCCAGGCCUACGAGAAGAUCCACAUGGAAAAGAACAACCUCCAGAGGGACCUUGACAAGAUGACCAAUCUGGUGGAGAAACAUGUUGAGCGUAUCCUCAACCUGGAGUCUGCACUGAGGCAGAGGGACGAGUCCAUGCAGAAGCUCAACAUGCAGCUACACAGCAAAGACAUGCAGUAUCUGCAGCUUCACGCCGGCCCUGACAAACACAUGUUGGACUGUCCAGCCCUGACCCUUCAGAGCUCACGCAGCCUGGACGCGCUGUCCGACCUGAAGCUGCAGCGGCUGGAGGCGGAGCUAGAAGGGGCGCGGCAUGAAGCCCAGGGGGCAUGUCAGCGGGAGGAGGAGAUGAAGGCAGAGGUAGAGCGACUGAAAGACGAGAUCCAGCAGCUGCAGAACGACCAGAGGGAGCGGGAAAUGACUUCCUCGUGCAAGCAGUGCGAUGUAGAGUGGAUAAAGAAGGUGGGCGAUGAGCAGGUGAAUUUGGCUCUGGCCUACACAGAGUUAACGGAGGAACUGGGACGCCUCCAAGCGCUGUGCUCCAAGCAGACGGAGAUCCUGAGAAAAGCGGCGCAGGAACCCGCCAGUCCAGUGCAGCUUCACUCUCCCAUCCACCACCAGCGUCACUCUCCGGUGUCCCAGCGCCACUCGCCCAUCUCUCAGCGCCAUUCACCAGUGCCGCCACAUCACUCCCCGAUCCAGCAGCGGCGUUCUCCGGUGUUGCAGCGUCUUUCUCCUGACAUGCAUCGCCGCUCCCCACUCCUGGACGUCAGCGACGGACCUGCCUCUUAUUCCUACCGACCGCCCACCCAGCACCUGAGAGCCAGUUUCCAGGGUCGCCGUAGUUACUCAGAGGUAGCCGACCCCUCAGCUUACCAGUGCCCACCUCGCUUCUCCUUAGACCCAGUUUCUACCCUGCCAAAGCCACGGCCCUAUGUGGAGGGCUACCAAAAACAGCAGUCCCAACACAUCAGCUCCUCUCACAGCGGACUGCAGCACCGAGGAUCCCCGUCCCCCCUUCAAGCGGGUGGAGACAGCAGCAUGGGUGAGAGCUCCAUGCGCCACUCUAGAGAGAUGCCUUUCCCUCUGUCAGAGGUGGCUCACCUUCAUUUUGAGCCCCCUCCUCCUUCCACGCCUGCCCCCCAACCACCACAGUCUUCUGAGGAUGAAGAGGAGUGGACCUGCCCACAUCCCAUCAGCCCCCCGAGGACUCUGGGCGUUCUCUCUCCUGGUCUACCCAGCAGCGUCAUGAGGGGCCCGGCGUCCUGCACAGCCUUUCCCAUCCCUCAGAGGCCCAAUAACCUCAGCUGCCAUCCGCAGCAGGGAUACACAACAUCAGAGCACGCCCAGUCCUGGCCUUCCAUCAAUCUCUGGAUGGAAAGCGAGGAGAACGACAUGAGAAGCUGCCCUCUCUGCCAACUGAUUUUCCCCGUCGGAUAUCCAGACGACGCUCUGAUCAAGCACAUUGACUCCCACCUGGAGAACAGCAAGAUAUGAUUGCCAGGGGCCCAUCGACCCACAUGCACACAUUUGCUCUCUUUCCUUUUACAAGUUUAUAUGAGAGUACAGCAGAUCUGUCCAAACGGAGGGCCACGCGUAGGAAUAACAUUAAGGAGGUUAGAUUUUUUGUCAUAAUCUGUAGGUAUUGAUAGAAAUCAACAGAAAGGAUUUGUUUGUUUUUUUUUAAAGUUCUGCAACACAAAUCCAUUUUGGAUUUCUUGACCUACCUUUAGCGUCCUUUAACGGUUGCCCUACAGACAGGUAUCCCUCUAUAAUCACUGGCUCUGAUUGCUGCUGUUUUGCUCCGUUUAGUGAUGAGUCAAGAAAGUUUCAGAUACAUUUUUAUUUAACCACUUAACGGUGUAGAGCGCCUUUAUUUUAGUCGAUAAAGCCAACCCUGGUGCAUGAGAGGCUGUCGGCGGGUUCUAGAGGCUCAGUACGCCUUAUACUUAGUUUCAGUUUUUAUCAGUGUAUGAUCAGGGAGAUUCGAGUCAUCGGUUUGAAUCGGGUUGCAGUUGUGUUAGAGGAUCGAGAGGCAAAGAUCUGGUAGGAAUCGGUUCAAUUGAAUGGUAGUCAAUGACACAUGGGAGUGUUGAAAGAAAUGAUUAAGUGACAUAAAUGAAGGGGGUAUCUCAGUUUAAUUGUUUAAAUAGAAACAAGCCAGAAAAGGGACUAUAAAGCAUUCCACUUUUACAUUUACCCUCUGGCAAACAGAUGGACAAGCUGGAGAAAGAGACUGAAUGCCUGGUUUAUUUUACAUUAAAACAGUUUUGAUGAGGCCCUGCAGGGCAGGGCUCCAGUGAGGAAACGUUUUAGUCAGAGUAUACCUUUUAUGCUUGCGGCCUGUUCAAAAAGUAUCCUAGCACUUUAAGUUAACAUAGCCUAUAAAAUGUAUAUGUUGUCAGUGUCCAUACAGUAUGUACCGAUCAGCCACAGUGUUAGAGAACUGUGAUCGUCUGGAAGCUGGGAGGAGAACAGAGCGUCCUGUGGAAUUAGGAUGUAAAUUAGCUCGACUGUUUCAGAGAAAUAUCAACUUAUUCCUCACAGGAACAGCUUCAGCUUCUUUGGUUUAUUUAAAGGUCAGUCUGCAUUAAAGGUCAGGAAACCAGUAGGAGAUAAAUGAGCAACCGAGGCUUGAAUGCAGUAGCAAAGGUUAGCCUGGUCAGUUAUAUCCCAGAGAGAUGCAGAGUGUGAUACAUGUAAAACAUCAAAUCUGGGACUGUGUAGACACAGAUCAGUCAGGAGCUCAAGAAUCAGUUGAUCUGAAGGUAAAUCGUGGAGCAGCGGAUGGCAAGGUGCAUCAUUUAUCUAAUGAGGAGAUGGCGGACUGCACCCAAGAAAGAUGGAGAACAGAAACUUUUGGUCCUCAUACUAAACAACAGCUCACAUUUGUUGUUGCAUGUUCAUAAAAACAGUAGUAUCCUUUUUAAGGAUAAUGUGCGCUGCAACGCACGUGUGGAACGUGUUGGGCGAUUACUUCCUAUUCACUGAGAACCUACCGUACAACCUCCAAGACUCCUGCAGAGAGAGCAUCCAGACAGUAACGGGGGAGACGUUUAAAAGCUGUGGCUAACUAAUGUGUACAAUUUUAAGUGUCUAAUUUAUUUUUUAUUUUGUCUACAUCUGUGAGACAAAAUCUGUACAUGGAGAUAUAUUUUUGCAGUGUUUAAACGUUGUGCACCACAUGUGUCAUGUCGGUGACAAAUUUCUUCCACGUGUUUGCACACUACUAUACAUGUAAAUAUAAAUGGGAGACGAGGGUCAAAGCCCCACCACUUGUGGUACUGUUCUGUACAAAGACUAAAUUAACCAAUGGGGAAUCUCCUCCGUCUUUCUCAGUUCUAAUCUACAUCACAGUUUGAUGUCAAGCGGCCCAGACCACCCAACAAAAAAAAAAAAUCUAAAAGAAAAUACACGCUGCAUGAGAUUUCUACCUGAGACACUAUAUUUAGAAAGCUCCUGACAGUUUUGCAGGGUUUAAGCAAAGACAGUACUCUUCUUUUGAUACCUGGAUUUAUUUGUUUUUAAUCACUAACAUGACUUUGGUCUAAGAUCUACUUGUGACACUUAAUCUUUUUCAUAACGAAAGCGGAAAAAGAAACCAUUAUACUGAUGUCACCUGCUCUUAAGGUUUUCAGUCACAUAAGUAUUUUGUAUUGCAGGGGGGGGGGGUCCCCACACAGCAGCCCAUUUAUUUUAACUGGUUUGAAGUUUUUUUUUUUAGGAAACUAUAUGUUAUAAAUUUGAGUAGAGAGGGCUGAAUAACCAACAGCGGAAAUGGUUUGUAGUGUUUUAGAGUAAGAUGCAGAAUAGAGUUCUGACUUUACUGUUAAGGUUAAGAGAAAUUAAACCUCUCCAGUCACAUUAGAUUAAAGGACAACUCUGGUUUACUACCUCUAUUAUUACUUUUAGUUAACGUGAGCACAGAGAUUACAAAGUUUUUUUCUUUUUUUCUUGGACUGUCCAGCAUUUCCUCAUUAAAACAAGUGUACUGUUUUACAACAUUUAUUUGUGAACAUGUUCCUUUACUGUUUGAAUGUAUAAAAUGCAUGAAAAUACUUUGUUAUCUGCUCUGAUUGUAGUUGGCUCCACUGCUGGCAAAUCUCACUGCUCUUUUGACCUUAAACUGAAACAUGGUUCAUUUGAGCAGAGCAUCCCCAAGGCAUAAAUCCAAUUUUGCUAGUUUUUAUUCUAUUAUGUAAAAUAUUUUCCCCAUAUUUUGAUGCUUUAAUUUUGUCAAUAAUUAAUUAAGAAACGAGGAGUGAAAUCGUAAAUGUUUUUAAAAUUUGGGAGGACUUAGCCUACUUAGUCUUCUCAUGGCUAAAACCAUAAUUUUAGUCUUUUAGGCACCAUUUGUUGGUUAAAAAAAAUAGUUUAUCACAUUAAAAAAUUCUAUUUCCAGAUGCAAACCCAAUUCCGAAGUAUAUUUAAGGAAACUGAUAUGUUUGCUUUAGAUGAACUAGACGCAGAAAAUUGAGUAAUUAGUGUUUAGAAAUAAAAUACGCAGGAGAUACAAUAUUAACAUUAAAAAAUAGAACAAAUGUAGAUUUAGGUGAAACGGACAGGAAAAAGGAGUCUCAGUAAAACACAGCAGAUUUCGAUGCUCGAUUAUGAAUAAUUUUUUUCUGAAAUCAGAUAAUUUUCAGAUGGACGUUCAUUCUACUACUUAUAUAAAACCACCAUCUAAGGUGACCAGAUCUAAAAACAAAAACAAGUGUGGAGCAACUAGGAUGCUUAUGAGGGAUGAUGUGGGACAGAUUCUGCUUUUCUUUUUCCUUUUUGACUCACUUUUACAGUGUUGCUUUCAGUUGCACUCCCCUUGUAUCAAAUUGAAAAAUAACUGCGGUAGACUUCACAAAAAGCUGUCUGAGAAUCAGCUGUAAACUGGCCUCAUCUACUUAUAAGCAAAGUAUUUGUUCUGGCAGCUUUUUUUCUUCUUUAAAUGUACUUUCCAUCAUACUUUGGAUUUGAAACCUUUACCUGUUCUGGUUUUAGAAGACUUGUGCACCAUUUGGGGCAUGGA